UCACGUAUCGGUUAUUUCUCCGUUACUCGGGCCGUGGACUGGAGUGCGUUGGCUUCUCGUAUACCGUACUCGCACAGGCGCGAGCGGAGCGGUGGUGGUUCGCGAGACGCGAGUCAGUCCGAAGGACGUGAACCGAGCGACGACGCGGCGGCCGCGCGAGAGAGCGAGCGGGCGAGUGGUUUUCGCGGACGUAGCGAAAACUUGGAAGGCGCGUUCGAACGCUCGUCUGUCGGUUGUUCGGUCCGGCGGCGGUGGAUUAAUCCGGCGCAGCCUUCGCGUCAGCGGUUCGCGCUAACCGCAUGAAAAUGGCGGGCCGUGUCGGUGCUACGAGCGGAGGCAGCGGCAUCAGCAGCAGCGGCAGCGGCAGCGGUGAUCGCCGCCAACGUUGCUAAUUCUCACGCGCGGACACGCGUGAAACGACAGCGAUCGCGCGAAUCGCCGCGAUUGUACGCGCCGCACGGGAAAUUUUUCCCGCCGUCCCGGUGUUGCGUGCUCUGCGUGUGUGUGUGUCCACCGCACGCGCACGCACGCACGCAUCACGCACGCACGCACGCACGCACGCUCGUUCGCGUUCGUCCGUCAUCGGGUAAGCGUGCCGUUGAACGAAACGGAACGAAACGAACGGAACGGCGGAACGUUAUAUACCUGAGUGUGUUGUGAAUAAUAGUUUGACUGUAGCACGCACAUAGUAGUAGUACUCCGGCCCGAAGGAGAGACGGAGACGAGGAUAGAGACACAGGUAGCGAUCGUGCAAACCGCCGCAAGCGGGCGGGCGGGAGGGAAAAAAAGAAAGGAGAGAGAGAGAGAAAGAGAGAGAGAGCGGCAAGAGGGAGAAACGCCGGACGGAGAUAGGGCAAUAGAAAGAGCGAAAACCCCUCCUCCCCAUCCCCCUCCUCCGCGAAGAGACAGACGGACAGAGGACGCACAGGCGACGAGGCAGACCGGAACCGGGAUCGGGAACGAAAGUCAGUUGCGGAUCGACGGUGGACAAACAAACAUGAUGGUUUGACUACUGCUCCGAGGUGUUGACCGUAUCGUUCGGGUGGCAAGUGAGACAGUGCGAACGAGAGAAGAGCGAGAGAGGGGGAGACAGAGAGAGAGAGAGAGAGAGAUAUAUAGCGUUUACGCGAGGCAUCCGCCAGCGGCAGGGAGAAGAGUGAGUGCGCGAGAGCGCGCGCGCGCGCGCGACAGAGAGAGAGAGAGAGAGACCGAGUUAAUUAGACAAGAGAGAUAGAGAGGGGAAGUGCGAGUGCCGCGAGAUCAGCGGCAGCGACCGCGGGAUUGUAACACACACGUUGCGGAGAACGAGCAAGUCUUGAUGCCGAUGCCGGCCGAAUACCACGAGGGCCACGGUAACCACGAGAACGCCAAUUUCGCUCUCGGGACCACGCAGGACGCCAACAACAUGACGGCCAACAUGUACCGGGUGGGAGAUUACGUGUAUUUCGAGACUACCAACUCGUCGCCGUAUCAGAUCAGAAGGAUAGAAGAAUUAAAUAAGACCGCGAACGGGAAUGUGGAGGCAAAAGUCAUGUGUUUCUUCAGGCGGAGGGAUUUGCCGCCUCCCUUAGUCAUGCUGGCGGACAAACAUCAAUUGACAAACGCGGAGCAACAGAGGUCGGAAUCCCCUGCGAGUACACAGAAUCAGAAACUCGAGAAUCCCGACACUACUAAGGAAAUGACUAAUAAAGAUGGUAUCGGGCCCAAAGUGAUGAUCAAAGGGGGCGGGAAAGGGGGCUGGCUGAAGGCCCCAUUAUCGGAGGCCCAAGAGCCCCACGGGGUGGAAGAAGGUGUUCCUGGAGGAGUAACGGAAUUAAGUUCUAAGCAACGUCACCAAAUGAAACACAGGGAACUGUUUUUAUCGCGGCAAGUGGAGACUAUGCCUGCCACGCAUAUUAGGGGCAAAUGCUGCGUUACGUUAUUGAAUGAAACCGAAUCCUUGACGAGCUACCUAAACAAAGACGAUUCAUUUUUUUACUGCUUAGUAUUUGAUCCUACUGCACGUACUUUGCUUGCUGAUAAAGGCGAAAUUAGAGUAGGUAAUAAAUAUCAAGCAACAGAUAUACCGGCUGUACUAACGCCUACCGAGAGAGAGACGGAUUCUCGCAGGUUACAAGAUUUGGAGACUUUGGUUUGGACUCCGAGACACAACUUGACAGAUCGUCAGAUCGAUCAAUUCCUCGUUGUUAGCAGAUCAGUAGGCACCUUCGCGAGAGCCUUAGACUGUUCGUCCUCCAUUAAGCAACCCUCCUUGCAUAUGUCUGCAGCUGCUGCAUCUAGAGACAUUACUCUGUUUCACGCGAUGGAUACAUUGCACCUGCAUGCCUAUGACUUGUCGAAUGCCUUAGCGUCUUUAGUACCUAGCACCGGCCCCGUAUUGUGCCGAGACGAGAUGGAGGAAUGGAGCGCAUCCGAGGCGAACCUGUUUGAAGAGGCGCUCGAGAAAUAUGGAAAGGACUUUGCGGAUAUACGAGCCGACUUUUUACCAUGGAAAACGCUGAAGAACGUAAUCGAGUAUUAUUACAUGUGGAAAACGACGGAUCGGUAUGUCCAGCAGAAAAGAGUGAAGGCUGUAGAGGCGGAGAGUAAGCUGAAGCAAGUUUAUAUACCGAAUUACAACAAGACCCCCACAUCGACAACCGCACCUUCCAGCGCCACGAUUGUACCUUUGGGCAAUAGUAAUAGCAAUAGUAACGGAAAACCGACCAGCGUUCUGAACGGUAACAGUAACGGCAACAUGAUAGGUGACAAUUCCGGGAAUUUACUUAUGGUCGGAGUUGGUGGAAAACCAUGUGAGAGUUGUCAAAUUGUCCAGAGUCCACAGUGGUAUGCUUGGGGACCAUCGCACAUGCAGUAUCGUCUCUGUCAAUCCUGUUGGGUAUAUUGGAAGAAGUAUGGAGGGCUCAAGGUGCCGUCGCGCAUAGACGACGUCGAUCUCGAGAGGAAACGCGCCGGCGCCGGAUCGGACGAAGAGAGUAAAGGGAUGGGCGGCGCGCACAGGCCGCAUCGAUGCAGCAUUCCUACCUGCGGCAAGGAGUUCAAAUUGAAGGCUCAUCUGAGCCGUCACUACGCGAGCGCGCAUGGAGUGGAUCUGCGCGGCGCCGCCGGAAGCGGCGGCGGCGGCAGCGGAUCACCGCGGCCGGUGAUGAAGACCCGGUCUGCGUUUUAUUUGCGCACCUCCUUGUUGGCGCGUGCCGCGCGACGUCUGUGCGCUGCGCAAUUGCGCACACGUCACGCCGCGCGGGCACCCCAUCAGCCGGUGAAUGCGGCGCCGUUGCGGCACCUAUGCGCCCAGCUAACAUCCAAGGCACCUACGGAAUUACGUAUGCUUGCACGCGCCGUACGGCCUCGGCCGCGUCCCCAAGUGAUCGACAUCGCCUCGCGCUUAGGCGAUCAUCCGGCACCUCGGCAGCCCGGUGAUUGGGACUGGCUGACGUUGACUGCUCCGGCACAACGCAAGCAGCCUGAUCGAGUCUCAUUUCCACGCCCGCCGAAGGCACCGGAUGGCAGCCUUUUGUAUGAGAGGGUACCAAACAAACCUGAAGUGGACAGACUUGCAUUAACGCCUCCCCAGCCGCAAUCUGUUAUGUCAACCCAGCAGAAUAUCCUCAAACGUCCAAGACCAUUCGACGAAAUUAAUGGUUCUGAUGGUAUCGCCUUGAACGCAGUUCCUUCUGGCGUACCACCUCCGAAAAGAGUCCAUCAUCAACAACAACUGCAUCCGAAGCAUACAUUGGAACAUCCCACACCUGCAGUUCUUCCCCUCGCGCCACCUCUUAAUGGUAGGGCUUCUCAUCCACAUACGUUGCCUCAUGGUCCGCCGCUGUCUAGAAGUAACGCACGUAAGCAGGUUUUAUCGUGGAUGGAUGCACCUGAUGAUGUCUACUUCCGCGCCACCGAACAGAUCAAAAGAGCUAGAAGAACCCUACCAUCAAUGGAGUUACGAAGAGCGGCGCGUAAACCAUGGCGUAGAAUGUCACUUCCUCUGAAUCCGCUUCACCUCCAAAGAGCGGGUCGCCAAGACGAUAUGGUCGUUAUCUUGGAUUGAAUCCGUACAAUCAAGACGAAUACAAUCGAACGAUAUUGUAUGUCGGUUUAUUAACCGCGAAGCGUGAUGCCGUUAAUGUAAUCUUUAAUCAUGUGAAGUUUACACAUAGUGAAGAUCACAGUUUCGUGUAUCGUCAUUGGCAGCUUCGAUGGAUCGAGCCAACAUUCGUAAAUUUUAUAACCGGAAGAUCCUGAUAGCUCCUCACGACGAGAUUUCUUUUCUUGUGGAAGCUGAGUAAAAAUGGUCUGGCCUGAUCGAACAUGUAUGUUGAACAAUCGAGAACAUUGUUGAACUGUAACGACUUCACUACUUACGGAAUACUACUGAAGAAUUAAUGUUCAGUACUAAGUCAUUCAACGUGAAUUAUGAUUUUCUAUCCGUAUUAAUUAUUGUUGUUAUUAAUAAUAAUUAUUAAUAAUAAUUAUUAAUAAUUGAAUGUACAUAUACAUUAUACUACACAUAGCCAUGCAACACGACAUACAUAACUUUGCAACACUACAAGUACACAUAUACACACAUACGCGAUAUACAUCACACACAGAUGCGCGCACACACACGUACAUUCACACAUACAGAAUCGCUCAUUCACUCAUUUAAUAUAUACAUGGACACAUUCAAGUACUGAAAAACGAUCGGUACGAAUUUAAUAGAUACGAUAAAAAAUUGGCCGAUACCUACAGAUAAGCUCAUGAAUAGUUGUGUACAGAAAACGUAACAGUGACGCAACUUUUGAAUAACAUUUGGCACGACUAUACUUCGAAUAUACUUCGAAGUACUAUGCCAAUGUUUUUUAGCAGUUAGUUACUCGAGUGUUGUGUUUUCUGGAUACAACCAAUGUUACGGCCGUGCAAGUAACAGACGAAUGUCUGAUCGGAAGCGAAUGUGUAAGGAAGAGAAAGAGAGAGAGAGAAUGCGCGCGAGAAAAUAUAUAACCGAAUGAGUGACUGAAUUAUAGUGUGUAUGGGAGACAGAAAGAAAGAAUGCUCAUUGUGAAUAUUUUUAUUAAAUUUUCAAAUUUGAUGACUUCCGUCUAAAAAAUUAAUAAAUAAAUAUAAGCAUCAGUGAAAAAAAAAUCUUAAUCAUAUCUCGGCUACGGUCAAUUCUUGUUCCAAAAGCUUUUAUUUAUUUGCAUGCGAGAGGUACUACAAUAUUAUCGACAUUAA